AAAGCGCGGCGCUGAGUAAACAACAGCAGGAGUUCGUUGUUACUCCACUGUGGCUGAACAAACAGGACGAAUAUUUGCACGUCAACUGUGAUUUAUAACUUGUAAUGAGAUUGAGAGAAAUAUCUGGGCAGCUCAGAUUAUGGAGCUGGUUCCUGGUCUGCUCCGGCUGUAUGCUGUCUGUAUGGGCCCAUGGAGGACAACAUGGAGAAGCAGUUGGCUCAAAUCAGGUGCCCCCACCAAUCACCCGCUUGGACAGGAACAUGGUUCAGGAUAGAGAGCAUAUCAUGGAGCAUUUAGAAGGGAUUGUUGAAAAGCAAGAGUCAGAAAUGACACCUCAAGAGCUGCAGCUGCACUAUUUUAAGAUGCACGAUUAUGAUGGCAACAAUCUGCUGGAUGGACUUGAGCUUGCCACUGCCAUUACACAUGUUCAUAGGGAGGAAAGAGGAGGAGAUAGCCAACCAAUGAGGGAAGAAGAUCUCAUCAACCUUAUUGAUGAUGUCCUCAGAGACGAUGACAAAAACAAUGAUGGCUACAUUGACUAUGCAGAGUUUGCAACGUCUCUGGAGUAGUAAAAAAACAACAACAAAUACACCAACAGCCUUACUGUGAAUGCAGAUUACCUCUGAUGUACAAGUCUCCAGGACAUUCCUCCGUGUGUGCGGUUUCACAGGCACAGUAUAGUCAUGCUUUAGUAUAUCCAGUAUUAAAUGUCAUAAAAUUAAAUGGUAAGGGUCAUCUCACUGAUCAAAGGUGUUGUGUAGUCAUGCCAUCGUAACUUUUGCACUCACAUUUGCGUAUUUCCUGUCAGAAUGGACUCUUGAUGUAUAAACUGCCUAAAUUUGUCAUCUGUAAAAAUGGAUAUUAUUGAAUAAAUACUUUGCGGAAAUGCUCUUCUGCAAAGCUGUUGUUUAAAUGAAGCUGAAGUGCGACAAAUUUGCUGCUCAUGAAUGAAUGAACUUGCUCUCUCUGCCUUAAUGAGAUCAUCGUUGUGACUGUCAUUUUAAAAUGCCAAUUUGGAAGUAAAACAUCUCAAACAGUGUUUGAGAGAACAUCUACCUAUAAAGAUUAAAGCUCAUGUGUGCAAUGUGCCUAUUUGCACCUACAGUAUAAAA